UAGUAUUUGAUAAUAUUAUUUGUACACACACAGCACAGAGCACUUUGGGACCCCAAACAGUCAGAAAAUAAAGUCUCAACGGCACAUGAGGUUUUAAGGAAGCUCAAAUUUCUCAUUGCUGUGUCUGGAUCAGAGUGUGUGUGUGUGUGUGUGUGUAUGUGUGGAGGGUGUGGUCAAGACAAUGACGUUGUUUCACCAGUCAACGGCUCAUUCAGUAGAGGAACUCAUGGCUCACACUACACUCUCCCACUGCCUCUUUGCCUUCGAGAGCACGGGGCAGGCGAAGAGGCAAGUCUGUCUGACUCCAGAGGCACUGAAAUACUUGCAUGGAUCUGUUUUUUUGGAGCACACCAUGCUUACAUUGAUGAGCUCCAUUCCUUUACCCUGGUGAGUCAUUCUAGACAAGAUACAUGGACCAACUAAAUGCAGUUUUUCUAAUGUAGAGUUUGCUUUCAAUCAUGCCAACCUAAGCUAAUACAAAGAAGCUCGGAGAACUUUGAGAAGAAGUUCCAAGAGGGUCUACAAAAGGAGAUUCAGCACUUCUCUGGCAGAAAUGAACACAGUACAAAAAAACCGUACUGAUUGUUUCAGUGUGAAACAGGAUGGUAGAACAAACCAAACCUGUGAUGAAUGUCUGAUCAUGGAUAAGACAAGUGACCCGACCAUCAGUGCGAUGAUGUUCGCAUCUGGAGUUCUCGGGAACCUGGUUGCGUUGGUUCUCCUGGAGUUCCGCAGGAGGAAAGAGAAGAACCGGCAGCGACAGUCUCUGUUUCAUUUGCUGGUGACCACGCUGGUUAUUACGGAUCUAAUGGGAACCUGCUUGAUCAGUCCCCUGGUGCAGACUGCAUACAUAACCAACACCACACUAGUCGGGAUGAGUGAGACAUGCGCGGUGUGUGAAUAUUUCGGAUUUGCCAUGACUUUCUUCAGUCUGGCGACGCUGUCCAUCCUCCUCGCCAUGGCACUGGAGCGGUGCAUCUCCAUCGGGUACCCAUACCACUACGGGAGGCAUGUCACCAAACGCUGCGGAUACAUCACCAUCCCUUGCAUUUAUCUAGUCUGCUUUUUAUUUUGCUUAAUGCCAUUUGCAGGCUUUGGGAAAUAUGUGCAAUACUGUCCCGGGACGUGGUGUUUUAUUGCCAUGAAUCCAGUGGGGAUUGAGGACAAGGUGUUUGCCAACAUUUAUGCCACUGUGAUGCUGUUCAUUGUUACAGUUACAGUGGCAUGCAACUGCUUUGUAGUUUACCAUCUGGUGUUAAUGUACCGGAGGCACAAAAUGAACCGAGGAUCAGUGCAGACCCGGAGUAAAAGGGACAGGAGGUACUUCUCAUGGGCAGCGGAGGUGGAGCAUCUCAUUCUCCUGGUCUUCAUGACAAUCAUAUUUGUCAUUUGUACCUCGCCAUUAAUGAUCCGCGUGUACAUCAACUCCAUGGGAAACUGUAAUGACAGCCAAGAUCUCAUAGCUCUGCGGUUCCUCUCGGUCAACUCCAUCAUCGACCCCUGGGUCUUCAUCUUCUUCAGCCCCUCAGUCCUGCGCUUCCUGGGAGGGGCGCUGUGCAAGACCAGCUUCAUGCCCUCCAGAAACUCCCUGUUCAAAACUUCCAUUUCCAAAAACCCAAACUGCCAAAUCGAGCUGUACCAACACACUUGCACCACUGUGGAGACCACACACCUCAACAAGUCAACCGUUCAGAUGAUCUGACGUGAUGAGGACAGUAUUUAUGGACUGGAUAGAUCCAUCUAAAAAUCAAUAUGCUUUGGAAGACAACGUUAUGAUUAUGUUCUUUGACAGCAUUCUCUGUAAUAAAGCCAACUGUGAGGUCAAAAGCAUAAGUUAUGUUCCAUCAACCACUACAAUAAUUGUUUUGAGACUGAGGGCCCUGUCAACAUGCGAUCACCAGAAGAACUUGACAAACAUUCAAGGCAUAUUUAGCGGACAUUCAGUCAAGGAGGAUAUUCCAGUUUGGAAGAAGUUAUUCAGUGUUUGGAUUGUCUGAAGACAGAGGAACUAUCCUGAAGCUACCACUCCACAAUCAUUGCUCAUCUAGGUUUCCUUUUUAGGAGGGUCGUGCUUUCAGACAGGUUAACGGUUAAAUGGCAUGCAGUAUGUCACUUUGGACACUUUUGUGUUCAAGAGAAUCAUGUGAUGAGGUUUCCUGCAUUUCAAGUCAAGCAGUUCUUCAAGUGUUACAUAUGAAAGCUGCCUGCUUGUAUUUAUAUUAUCAACAUAUUUAUUGCUCUUUAAUUUAUGUUGAUACAACAGUAAGUGAGUGACAUAUAUGUGUCUUCAUACAUAUAGGCUGACGUGAUUCAAUGCUAAUUGGUCACUUCUUUCAUGUGAGAGAUUUUGAUUGUAUAUAAUUAGUAUAAGCAUAUAAGCAUGACGACAUGCGUGGUACAGUUCAGUAGCUACAGACCUAAUCUUUGUGUCAAGAUACUUGUUUUCUGGAUGUCUUGAAUGUACUUGUGAUAUAAUGUGACUUGUGUUGUCUAUGCAUGUUAUUUAUGAUGUGAAAUUGUCUGUUAAACGUAAACACAUCAUAUCCAUCCGAAUGCACUGUGAAAAGGAGCUAAUCACUAAAAGAUCAGAGUCUGAGGCAGGAUUGUGUGUGAUUUUAAUUCCCAAUACAGUUCCUGAAUUUGAAUCAUAUAGGCAAACAGAAUGCAGAGUGCAUUUUGAGUUUGAAUGUAAUGAUGUAGAAUUAAAAUGAAUACAAAAUAUAAUAAUAGUAAUAACAAAAUCCCAUGACUGAAUAUUUUUUAACUAGAAAAGCAAUUUUUGCCAAGACAAAAUCUGAGUUUUGGCUUGACAGUUUUGGAGAAAAACAAACAAACAAACAAUAAUAAUAAAUUUAAAAAACCGUAUGAAUUGAAAGCAAGCCAGUUAGUAAGCUAAUUCUGAUUUUUGCCCAAACCUGUUCAGGACUCACGCCUCUUAAUAAAGAAAGAAAUAAAGCAUGCAUAUUCACCCUGAGGCCAUUAAUGAGUAUGCAAACACUCAAAUGAUUGUCUAGUGCAUUGCUUGCAUGUGGUCCUGUAAAUAUGAAUGGUUCUUGCAUUACAGUGCUGUGAUAAACACAUGCCUUUAGGAGGAAAGUUUCCUUCCCGUCUGUUUUCAUUUAGGUUAGUUUAGUUUUACUGCUCCACCAUGACAGCAAUUGACCUAAACUGACCAUGAAAGGAAAAAGGUUUAUCGCAAUCACACUUUUCGGAAUGUAAUUACAUGUAUUAAUAUGAGAAGCUAGAAACAUUUGCGUUUUUUUUUUAUCCUCGGUCCGCCUACACUCUAGAGUAACCACUGAUAGGCUACACAGGAAUGUCUAACAUGAUUGAGGUUGUGAAAGAAGCCAUGCCAGUUAUGCCAAAUCAAGCACAACUCCACUCACUCUUUUUUAUUGGUCAACAGAUACCUACGCUGUUGCAGCAAAAGUUUCUCAGCAUUUGGUCGCAUUAAAAGGGUUUUCCCAAACUCUACUUUGUAAACCCAUUUGUAACCCUAGAAUAAAAUAAAAAAUAAUGAAAAUUAAACACUUACUAAUUAUGUCUUAGGAAAGUUUGAGAGGAGCACGUUCAGAUAAAUUUAGCAAAGGUGGAGCACAUUCUGAUAAUCAACUCAGCAAAACACUAAGUUUAUACAGGCAACUUACCUUUGUCCCGCGACAGAUUUCUGUCAUCCCUCCUCCACGCCAACUCCUAAUUUCUUACUAUUCCCAUCCCAUCUUGGGAAAUGGGGGAGAUCUCUUGCUAAAUUUCGAGCUUUGAGCCCUCCACUAGAAUAGCAUGCCAAAUAUGCAUACUGUUAUGACUGUAAAUGCAAAUUUGUGAAAGGAAUAGUCCACACAAAAAAGAAAAUCUCCUGAAAGUUCUGUAGUGAAUGGGUGCCAUCAGAAUGAGAAUCCAAACAGCUGAUAAAAAAAAAAAAAUCACAAGUAAUCCACAGUCCAUGCUUUUAAUAUCUUAAUGAAAGCCUGUGUUUGUAAGAAACAAAUCCUCUAUUAAGGUUUUUUAAAUUGAAACCAUCACUUUUAAGUAAAACACCAGUUCAUAAUCCAUAAUAACGCUUUCUCCAGUGAAAACAUCCAUUCCCUGUUGUUCUCUGAUAUCAGAGUACACCAAAAUGUUUGUUUAAAACAAUUUCAGCUUGUAAACAGUGCUUGAUCUGUGCACAUUUCUCUUUUGAUUCAGACAUGACAACAUUUUACUGGAGAAAGCAAUAUUUUGGAUGGAGGACUCAUAUUUUAGCCAGAAGCAUUGCUUUAAACAUCUUUAAUGAUGUAUUUGUUUCAAACAAACUUGCAGAUUUAUGCUUCACAAGAUGUAAGACACAAGAUCGAAUGGAGAUGUAUGUAUUACUUGUGGACUAUUGUGAUUUUUUUUAUUAGAUGUUAUCUCUCUCAAAUCUCAUUCUGACGGCACCCAUUCACUGCAGGGGAUCUCUUGGUGAGCAAGUGAUGGAAUGCUACAUUUUUUCCAAAUCUAUUCCAAAGAAGAGAUACAUUUAACUACAUCUUGGAUGGCCUGGGAGUGAGUACAUUUCUUUUUUCUUUUUUUUUUUUUUUUGUGAACGAUUGCUAUAAAUAUUUUAUUUGUUUGCCUGCUUGUCAUGUGACCAUUAACCAGCAUCAGAAAACCAAGAACAUGCUAAUGUGUGUGUGUGUGUGUGUGUUUUUUUUUAAAGAUUUAUCAUAUAAAUGACGCAGUACGUGUGCCAGUGCAGAUAGAACUGAAAAAAAAAAAAAAAAAAAUUAUUCAUCGAAUUUACUAAACAAAUUUAAGUGGUUGCAAUAAAUUUUAUUUUAGCUGCAUUUAGAUAAACACAUUUAGUUGACAAACUUUCAAAAGAAAAAAAAAGUUAAAUGUAGCUAAAAUAAAUUGUUUGCAACUUACCUUAGAAUUUGUGCAGACUAGUAAAUUCACUCCUAGCAUGUAGGCAUGCACAGCUCUGAUCAGUACACCACAUGGUGUGUGUGUGGCUCAAGUUCAACCCCACAUCGCUCAAAAAAAUCUAAUGAUGCCAUUACUGGAAGCUGCAAUCUCACUUAGCUUCAGUGUGGUUGUGGGAACUCGAGUAUUUUUGCGAGUGUAGAAUGCAAAUAUUUAGAUAACAGCGGGAGGUGUGAAGCUGAACACAGAUCUUGAUCUGGCUAUACUUCAGCUCAAGCAAACCUUAGUCAUCAUGGGAACAUAUCUACACCAAACUACGGCAUACAGUUGAGCUCAGGUCUUGAGAGCUAAAAUUACCUGUGGUUCUUUCAGAAAACUCAAGGGUGUUCAAAACAUUUACUGCGUCACAGAUAAGAUGUUUUUUUUCUGUGAAUACGAGGUGUCAAAGUGAUUUGUUGUAAAGUACCUUUAAAUGUUUCCCAUGAUGCCUGAUUCUAUGUCUCUCCCCUGUGCGAUGCUUAACAGUGCUGUGUGCAGAAAGUCUAUUGAGUCAGCCCAUUGAUUCAGAAUGAUGUACGUUUUUUCACACACAAAUGCUUUGAGCUGUUUUGGCUUCUAUCCUUGUUCAUUAGUCAACAAUUUCUGGUUGUGCUGUUGUGAGAAUUGUCAGUUAUGUAUUUCAAGGUAAUUGCAUGUUAAUAAUCAGUUUCCAUAAUGGACUGUAAUA